AAAACAACAACGAAAAAACCACCUCCCAAAACCAGAGGAAACCCUCUCGUGUUCCCCCUACCUCCCUUCCCCACUCCCCUCUCCUCGCCGGCGGCAAAUUCAAGCUCAGGAGGUCGCAACUCGGUAUUCACUUCUCCCCGCAAAUCUCCGACCUGGUUUCGGCGGGUCAGCGAAGGACCGGUCCUGACACGGGGUUAGGCGGAAUCUUCGUGAUGGCGGGCACGAAGGCGGAUGCGAAGGCGGAGACCAGCGGCGGCGGCGGCUCUUUCAGCGAGAAGGGGCUUGCCGAGAAGCUAAAUAAACUCAACAGCUCCGCGGCGAGCAUCCAGACACUUUCACAUUGGUGUGUUUUUCACCGGAAGAGAGCCAGAAGAAUUGUCGACACAUGGGAGAAGCAGUUUAAUAAUGCAACAAAGGAUAAGAAAGUGUCAUUCCUGUAUCUAUCAAAUGACAUCCUGCAAAAUAGCAAACGCAAGGGUGGAGAAUUUGUGAAUGAGUUUUGGAAGGUUCUUCCGGGAUCACUUAAAGAUGUUCAUGAUAACGGGGGAGAACAUGGAAAGAAAGUGGUCGCAAGAUUAAUAGGGAUUUGGGAUGAGCGGAAGGUUUUUGGAACCCGUAUUGAGAGCCUAAAAGUUGACAUCCUUGGUGAGAACCCUCCUACAUUGGAUAACAACGAUAAUGGUUCAAAUCCUAGCCCUAAUCCCUCUUCAGAUCCCAAAGCUGCUCGGAAGGAUUCCAGUACAUAUAUAAAAGAACUGACUGUUUCCGGGAUGCCUGAAAAGAUUGCGACUGCAUAUCAGUCUGUAGUUGAUCAGUAUUUUGAUGAGGACGCAUCUUUAAACAAAUGUAAGACUACUGUUAAUGUUUUGGAGAAGAUGGACAAAGAUGUAGAUAAUGCUUGUACCCAUGGUAUUCCUCAAGCAUCAUCAUUGGUCUCUGACCUUCAAGAGCAGGAAGCAGUCCUCAAGAAGUGCAUUGAGCAACUUGAAAGUGUCGACAGAGCUAGGAUAAACCUGAUUAAUCAACUAAAAGUAGCUCUCAGUGAACAGGAAGGAAAGUCGGAGCUUCUUCGCACUCAGUUGCAAGUUGCUCGAGCAGAGGCUGAACAUGCCAUGCAACUCAGACAACGUCUUGGUGGUGCUCCUGUUACGAAUGGUCCAGGAUCUAGUUCUGGUCCACCCAUGAUUACAUUCCCAUCAGAGCAAACAACUGCUGCGAUGCAGAAUUCAGAAGCAAGUCCUAUAUCUCCUCAGUUUCAGCCGGUGCAUCCAGCAACCUCACCUCCCACCAUGACCAGUGCUAUGGGUGAUGAGCCCAAGAUAACAGCAGCAGCUAUGGCAGAUAAGCUUGCAUCUUUGUCAUCUGGCCAGCAAGUGCUGUCCUCCAUUUUCUCAUCCCUUGCUGCUGAACAAGCUGCUUCCAUAAAUGGUGGUUCAUCUUCUGGAGAACUCUCUGCAGGGCCUCCCGGCUUUGACAGACCAAAGAGGCCUAGACUUGAGCAGCAGGCUGGUGAUACGGGGGCUCCCCCUUUCUUUGCCCAAGUACCACAAGUGCAACAACAGAUUGGAGCAGUACCUACUUCUCUUGGAAGCACACAGUCACCAGCGCAGGCUAACCAAGUACCAGGUUCAUUUGCGCCACCUCCAUUACAACCUAUGGUACCGCAACUUAUGCAGCAGUUUAGUCAAAAUACUGGAGGUCCUGGAGGAAUGUUCGGAAUGAUACCCUUUGGGAUGAUGGCUGGCUCUUUGCCACCUCCACUUCCAUUGUUGCCGGCAGGUUUUGCAAUGCCAAAUGGACCACCUCCUCCACCUCCUCUGCCACCCAUUCAGCAGCAGCAGCAGCAGUCUCCACAGGCACCACAGCAAUCUCCAACAUCAACUGGAUUCUUCCAAACUUCAAGCACUGGGUUUUUCCCUCCAGUUCAGGUGCAGCAAUCUCCAUCCGUCCAACGGCAAUGAUGCUAUAUUACAAAUGUCGGGGUAUAAAGGCAGCACCUUGUGCUAUCUUUGUACAUUAACAAUAAUCCCCGAGUAUUAUCCGGUUAGGUUACAGGUCCUGUAGGAGAAACAGGAUCACUGCCUAUGAAAAUAGGCGUACGGCUUGUGUGAUGUAUAACUGUUCCUUUUGGUCUGAGAAGUUUGCUCGAUACUUCCUGACCAUAUGAAGUAGUUAGACUUUUCUUUGCAUAGCACGUUAAUUAGCUCAGAGACAAACAAAUGGGUGAUACUGUUGCUUAAAUUGUUGUUGCCCAAUGAUAUUAACAUUUUAGGGCUCCUCGGUCGUAGAACUUACCGAUAGAUGGGAUCUGAACUGUAACUAUUUUUCAUAUACUCAUAUUGUUGUUCACGUUUAUUUGUU